AUGGCUUAUUUUACUAGGAUGACAAGCUCUUUCUUUGCCUUAUUAUUCUUCCUAGUUCUUGCUUGUGAAGCUAGAGUUCCAGGAAAAACUAGUGGAGGAUUUGUUAGAACAAAUGGUGCACAUUUUGUACUAAAUAGAUCACCUUUUCUAUUCAAUGGUUUCAACUCCUAUUGGCUUAUGCAUGUAGCAUCUGAUCCUAGUGAAAGGUACAAAGUUUCUGAGGUAUUUCAAGAAGCCUCUGCUGCUCGCCUUUCUGUUUGUCGAACUUGGGCUUUCAGUGAUGGAGGAGAUACAGCAUUACAAAUAUCACCUGGUGUUUAUGAUGAACGUGUUUUUCAGGGAUUGGAUUUUGUGAUCACUGAAGCAAGGAAAUAUGGGAUUCGCUUAAUAUUGAGCUUCGUCAACAACUAUAAUGAUUUUGGAGGGAGAGCUCAAUAUGCUCAAUGGGCACGAAAUGCAGGAGUCCGGAUUAACAGUGAAGAUGAUUUCUACACUCAUCCGGUGCUCAAAGAUUAUUACAAGAAUCAUGUUAGGAAAGUUGUAACAAGGUUGAAUACUAUCACUGGAAUGGCUUAUAGGGAUGAUUCAACUAUAAUGGCAUGGGAACUUAUGAAUGAGCCUCGUUGUAAAGCUGAUUAUUCUGGGAAAAUAGUAAAUGCAUGGAUUCAAGAAAUGGCAACUUUUGUGAAAUCAAUAGACAGGAAGCAUUUACUGGAGAUAGGAAUGGAGGGAUUUUACGGUGAUUCAAUGCCUGAAAAGAAGCAAUUUAAUCCCGGUUACCAAGUUGGAACAGACUUCAUUAGUAGCCAUCUCAUCAAAGAGAUUGAUUUUGCCACUAUUCAUGCAUAUACUGACCAAUGGUUGUCGGGACAAAAUGAUAAUGCUCAAAUGGCAUUCAUGCAAAGGUGGAUAACAAGUCAUUGGCAAGAUUCAAGCACAAUACUAAAGAAGCCAUUAGUCCUUGCUGAAUUUGGAAAGUCAAGCAAAGAUCCAGGAUUCAAUCUAAAUGCAAGAGAUACAUACAUGAGUAGUGUAUACAGAAACAUUUAUAAUUAUGCAAAAUCAGGUGGAACUAUGGGAGGGAGCUUAGUAUGGCAACUAGUGGCACAAGGGAUGGAGAAUAUUGAUGAUGGAUACUCAAUUAUCUUAGCACAAAAUCCAUCAACUGCUGGAAUUAUCUCUGGCCAAUCACAUGCCAUGACAACAUUAGCUCAUUUGGUUAAUAACUGA